UGCCAUGCGCCGCGCGGCCCGAGCGACUCGCCGGACCUUCCGGGCGUCCCUGCAAGGACCCCUCGGCCCCUCCUAGCGGGGAUCGCCCCCGUUUCCAGUUCCCAAGCGGGCUGCUGCGCCCCGCUGGCCCAGAAGCCGCGCUCACCGCAGGGGCGGGCCCCAGCCUGCGUUCGCGGCCACAGCAGAAGACUGAGCCUGGAAAAUAUGUAUUUGGGAGACAGACACGUUGUACUGAAUCCCUUGUGCUGGUGCUGCCAUCGGAAAAUCUGGUUACAGGCCGGGGAGGCCUGCUCCCGCUGCAGGACUGAACCGCCGCAGCCCUGAGAUGAGUGACCGGCCUGGACGGGCGCACCAUGAAUAGAUACACAACCAUCAAGCAGCUUGGCGAUGGGACCUACGGCUCCGUCUUGCUGGGGAGAAGCAUCGAGUCUGGGGAACUGAUUGCGAUCAAAAAAAUGAAAAGAAAGUUUUAUUCCUGGGAGGAAUGCAUGAACCUUCGGGAGGUUAAGUCUUUAAAGAAGCUCAACCAUGCCAAUGUUGUCAAAUUGAAAGAAGUUAUCAGGGAAAAUGAUCACCUUUAUUUUAUCUUCGAGUACAUGAAGGAAAACCUUUAUCAGCUCAUCAAAGAAAGAAAUAAGCUGUUCCCUGAGUCUGCUAUCAGGAAUAUCAUGUACCAGAUAUUGCAGGGACUCGCAUUUGUUCACAAACAUGGCUUCUUCCAUCGGGAUCUAAAACCUGAGAACCUUCUCUGCAUGGGACCAGAACUCGUGAAAAUUGCUGACUUUGGACUGGCCCGAGAGAUCCGAUCAAGGCCUCCAUACACGGACUACGUGUCGACCAGAUGGUACCGGGCUCCAGAGGUGCUCCUGAGGUCUACCAACUACAGCUCCCCCAUUGACAUCUGGGCCGUGGGCUGCAUCAUGGCGGAAGUGUACACUCUGAGGCCGCUCUUCCCUGGGGCCAGUGAAAUUGACACCAUAUUCAAAAUUUGCCAAGUGUUGGGGACGCCGAAAAAGACCGACUGGCCGGAGGGCUACCAACUUUCCAGUGCUAUGAGCUUCCGCUGGCCGCAGUGUAUACCCAAUAAUCUAAAGAGCCUGAUUCCAAAUGCUGGCAGCGAAGCCAUUCAGCUCAUGAGGGACAUGCUGCAGUGGGACCCCAAGAAACGACCAACUGCUAGCCAGGCCCUUCGGUAUCCUUACUUUCAGAUCGGGCACCCUCUCGGGAACACCACCCAGAACCUCCAAAAUUCAGGGAAACCACAGAGAAACGUGCUGGAAAAGGCAGAUCCCCCUCCGCACAUGAAACCCGUCCCUCCUGCCCAACCCCCAACCAAGCCGCACACCCGGAUUUCUUCUCGACAACAUCAAACCGGACAACCCCCUGCACACCUCGUGUACCCCUACAAGGCAGAGGCCUGCCGGGCAGCGCACCCAAGCCACCUUCCAGAGGACAAGCCCAGCCCGCUGCUCUUCCCGGCCCUUCACACCAAGAAUCCUCCUUCGAAAAUCCUAGCGGACCUGGAGCCCAAGAAUGGGGAGAUCAAGCCUAAGAGCAGGAGGAGGUGGGGUCUUGUCUCCAGGUCAACAAAGGAUUCGGAUGACUGGGCCGACCUGGAGGACUUGGACUUCAGCCCCACCCUCACCAGGAUCGACCUGAAGAACAAGAAGAGGCAGAGCGACGACACGCUGUGCAGAUUUGAGAGCAUUUUGGACCUGAAGCCCUCUGAGCACAUGGGUACAGGAAAUAGCGCCCCCACCCAGAUGUCCUCCCAGAGGCGAGACACGCCCACCCUGCGACCCUCGGCCAAGCAGCACUACUUGAAGCACUCCCGAUACUUGCCUGGGAUAAAUAUGAGAAAUGGCAUCCUCCCAAAUCCAGGCAAGGAUUUUAUCCCAUCGAACCCGUGGUCGAGUUCUGGUUUGUCAGGGAAAUCGUCAGGGACGGUAUCAGUCAUCAGCAAAAUCAAUUCAGUGGGUUCCGGCUCUACGAGCUCUAGUGGACUGCCUGGAAACUACAUUCCUUCCUUUCUGAAGAAAGAAAUCGGUACAGCCCUGCAGCGGGUACACUUGGCACCUAUUCCAGAUCCUCCCCCUGGUUAUUCCUCUCUGAAGACUGUGAGGCCUCAUCCCGGGGGGCGGCCCUUCUUCCACACUCAGCCUCGAAGCACUCCUGGGCUGCUGCCCCGGCCGCCGGCUGCCCAGCCGGUGCACGGCCGCACGGACUGGGCUUCCAAGUACCCGUCGCGGCGAUGACUAGCCGGAGGCCCCUGCUAGAGGACAGCCGGACACCGUCCCCUCUCUGUUCCCGGCGGCGGCAUUCUACCUGCAAGGAACGGGAGGAUGGCAGAACACUUGCUCGUGAUCUUCUGAAUGGAGACAUUCCAAUCCUCUUUUUAAAACGUUUUCUUUGUUUCUUUUUAAUAUUGAUUUGAGGGCAGUACUCUCUUUUGGUACAAAAUUAUUUUGUUCUAAAACUGAGUUAUUUUCUUAAGCAGCGGCAUUUUGUACAUACGGAUUAUGUUAGCAUUUUCUACAGCCAACUUUGUAAUGGGUUUUUAAAAGAUUAAUUGAUUUUCCUUUGGGGUUCCAGAUAAUAUUUUAUACAGAUUAAGAAAAACCCUAUCAAGAAAUUGAUGCAGUAUUACAACAGGGGUGCACUGGAGGCUUGUAGGACCAAGGGGGUGACUCACGUAGAUGUGGGUGAAGUGAUGGUUGGAUCUUCCACGGGGCGCAUUAGGUACUGUGGGCUUUCAUGGGCUGCUGUUGGCUCUAGGGCAGUGAUGGCCUGCUCUUCUUCCUGUCGUGUCAUGUCUUUUUUAAAAAUUUUGACAUCUGUACUCUUCUGAAAGUAUUGGCUGUUGGGUCAUUUGUUCAUUGUGGUUAUUUCUCUGGUAAAGGAAUGCUAAAUACUUAAAAUUGUUUACAAAAUGGUUGCAACCAUUAAGACGGUUGGAGAUGGGCAAGCAGUGGCAACUUUGAGCACAGGGAGAAAGUUCAGGCUGUCAGCUCCUGCGAAGAUUGACAGCCCGGGAACCCCCAUUUCAAGGUCGCUCUGAGACAGAAUCAACCCCAAGGCAGUGGGUUUGAUGUCAUCAUAUGUUUUUCCCCUUCAUGUCUUGAAUCAACUUUUUAGGCGCUCGCGCACGCGCACACACACAGACACGCGCGCGCUUUUUCAAGUCACAAGGGUCUCAGCCAAAAGGUAAGCCUAUUCCGUUACAUUCCCCCCCACGUCCCGCCAGGCUGCAUGAGCAGGAGGCUGAGUCUGAAAGCAGGUAUUUCAUGAUUAGAAAGGGGAUUGUGCACGUAGGUCAGGUCGCCAGACCCAGGGCAGAGCUGACAGUGAAUAAUUUUUUGUCCUAGUCAAAUCUCAGGGCAAUCUGGGGGGCAGGCAGGGGAGGGGCUGACUUGUAGCUUCUCUGGAAGCCACAGCUAAAGCGCAUUCCUAUCCAUAGCGCCACAUGGAAGCUCAACCCUUCAGUCGUUUCUUUCAGCCACUUGGAAAAACAAGAAGUUAUCUUGGGCAGAGGCUGCUCCGUUGACAGGAAUGUUGACCACAGUUGGGAACAUGACAAAGCUAGUUUGGAGACAGGAGGAGACACAAGAGAAGGUCCACUCUCAUCCAUUUGUGAACCACACAUUUGCUUCUGCUCACCGGCCACCUGGUGGUUUCAGCUGUGCAGAGACUCACCUUCUCCCAGGGCUCACCAAGUUCCAGGAUACAGCAAGCUGAACCCUAAAAAACCAGCCUUUUUGAUACCUUCCUAUGAUUGGCUAACAUAAAUAUUGGCAGCUUCAUAAGGUUCAACCUAAUAAGUCGGUAUUUUCCUGUGUUGGGGUAUUAAUACUCGGUACAUUGCAGCAAUUGGGCCCAAACCUAGCAUCAGUGGGGAGUUUAGGCUUUUGAGAAUCUGGUCCCCAAAUCUCAACUAAGCAGCUCUGGCCCUUAGGGGCGGGAGAACGGUGCAUCCCAUCCUGGAUGUGGAUUAGAUGGAUAAGGUUUUCCUGUUAACAGCCCGGCGGCACCACUUAGGAAGCUAGCACGUGUGCAUGGAAGCCCAACUUGAACUGAGUUUGUUUCUGUCCUGUAUUCUCAACUCAUUGUCAACAGCAACAGCAGUGUGUUUUCAGAGAUAGGAGUUCUUCCUUUCCUAUGAAGUUAAUAUUUAUUUUCCUUUCUGUAUUCCAUAUACAAAGCAAGCUUCUCGGAAACCUGGCCUUUUGGAAAGCUGGUCUCCGAUGGUAAGUCCCUCCUAGGGAAAGAAAUGGGAUUGUGAGGACCAUCUUCUUAGUACUCUGGCUUAUGUUCAGGUUUGCUUUUUGUUUUUGUUUUUCAUGGAAAAGCCUAGUUAUCUAGCUCUCAUACGCCAUGAGAUUCUUUUUCUAAUACUUUGGUAACACCCAACUUGCUGGGCACUUUCCUUUGUUCACCAGCAAACACCUUCCCUUGGGAAGCCAAACUUGUUCCUCCUUGCAAACGUGCAGGAGCAGAGCAGGGCUGCGGACCUGAAAUCUAAAGAACUAGCAAAAUCGUAGAAAGUGGUCCAUUCUCUUGCCCCAGCUGCGAAAGGACAGUAGUAUAUUCCAGCUCUGAGCCACAGAGGGGAGCCAUGACCCUUUCCUGUUAGUUCAAAAUAAAAUGCUGCUCCCCACAUAGUGUAGAUUUAUAAGGACAAUGGACUUAUGUUUACCUGAAAUGGAAGACAACAGGUGUGGUGAGUGGUGACUGUCCUUCUAUGACCAUAUCGGGGCUCUCACUACAUACACCAUGCACAGUAGGGAAGCCACAUGUCCAUAAAAGCUCUUUCAGGCGCAUUUGUUUUACAAUAAAUUCAGUUAAGUACCCAAGCCCCCACCCAGCUGCUUUAAAUGGGAUUUAUGUUGGAAGACAUUUGAUUUCCAACCCAUUUCCUAGACAUCUCUCUGCCUACAGGAUGGUGGACAUCUACUACCUGGGGCGACACUAUGUCCUCUCUCCUAGAGGUAGAAAAAUGGCCACAAUCAAAGCAACCCCUGUCAAAGCAAACAGGAAGCGUGAGUGUGUUUAAGUGCAAAUGUGGGUGAUCUUGGAGUCAUGGACCACUGGGUUUUCCCUUGGGGCAGCAUGUCCUUCUGAUGGGGCCAGUGCUUUGUGCCAGGUAGGGGAGAGAAGGAAGAAAAGGCUAUGUGGGCUGUAUGUUAAGCUCAAUGGAUGACCAAAAGCAAUACGUUUUAUGAGGAAAGGUUGGACAGGCAAAUGUUUUGUGCCCUUGAAAGCAUGCUGUAGCGACUUGUUUGUUUAAUCAAUGUUAAUGUUUAAAAGGCUUUAGAAUGAUUUUUACACUUGUCAACCAAAUGUACUAUACUUUUAUAUAAUUUAUUAUGAGAACUUUCGUGUGGGAACCAUUAAGAAGACAACCUGGAGGCAAAUAUCACAUUAAUCUGUAUUAUCAGUUUCUUAAUAGACACUGCGCUCCUGUGAAUGUAAAGUGACCCCAGCAAAGUCUUCUGCUUUCAGAGAUCUUGGAGAGCAAUUUAGUCACCAGAUGACAACGAAUUACUCAGAGCAUAUUUAUUUGUAAAGCAAAUACUCAUCAUAAUGAGAAGCUAGAAAGACAGAAAAUUCUUUAAGUAAGAUCUUUCUAAAAUAAAAUGCUUUUCUUUAAAAAAAAACUGUUUGUCUUAAGGUGUUUCAGAACAUGAACUUUAUGUAAAAAAAAACCCAAAACUCUCUUGCCCUGCCCAAUAAAGUUACAGUUUAAGAAACA